CCUCGCUGUCACUCGCGGUCGCCUGGCUUUUGUCAUCAUUGUCCCUCCGCUGUCACCUUUCAAGCCCCAGGCUGGCUGCUUCGGAAGCCCCCGACGCCAUGGAGGAGUGGGACGUGCCACAGAUGAAGAAAGAGGUGGAGAGCCUCAAGCACCAGCUGGCCUUCCAGCGAGAGAUGGCAUCCAAGACCAUCCCCGAGCUGCUGAAGUGGAUCGAGGAUGGGAUCCCCAAAGACCCCUUCCUGAACCCCGACCUGAUGAAGAACAACCCAUGGGUAGAAAAGGGCAAAUGCACCAUCCUGUGAGCCCCGCACCAGGCCCCACUCACGCCAUCCUGUGAGACCA